AUGGAUGGGAAGGCUGACGAUGAGGAUGAUGAUGGUGGCUUGAACGACAGUACCGUGUCCUUGAGCGGAUGCCAUCACCGUGUGCCACGGCAACAAGAGGCCGCUGACAUUGUCAUCACCGCUGUCAGACGGUGGUCGGUGCAAUGCACGGGCAUGGAGACAGUGAGCCAGCUCGUGGUCUCCAGCGUGGUGGCUGGGAUGUGCACUGAGGGCUACACUGGCACGUCGUGCACGACAGCUUCUCAUUGUCACCACGGGCAUUGCACCUUUGCUGUGAUUGAGUGCUGCCAGCACCUGUGCUUCUCCCUGACCAUCUCAAUCACCUCAGCUUCAACCACAACUGCUGCUGUUUUCCGCCACCUCAUCUCCUGCCAGCGAGGCAUCACACCGCGGCCACAGCCGUCACUGCACACUGCCGGUUUCAAGCAGCUCACUGCGCUGGAUGCUGUUGGCUCGUGGACCACCACACCGUUCGGCAGCAAGGAGGUGGCCAUCGUGUUUCUGGUUGGCACGCAUGUGCUGGCCGACGUGGCGCAGGAGCGGUUCAAGGACUACGACAACGACUCUGUGCCGUUCAUGAAGAACAUUCUCCAGCACGCGAACGACAGGCAGUACCGCAUGCUGCGCGGUCUGAUGGGCAUGUCUGUCUGCAAGGACAUGUUUGCGCCGGAUGCACACGACCUCAUGCGCAUUAUGCAAGCCAGCGCCGCCCAGAUUGAGGAGGAUGAUCCACAACCCUCGUACAUCCACACAAGGGUUCUCGGCUCCCGCGAAUCGCCCAACACCAGCGCGACCGAGAACUGCAUCUCCGCCUUUGUCAAGGUUGCGCGCAACCCAGCACACGGCCUCUCAAAGAUGCUGACACAUCCGCUUGACUGGCUGUCUAUUACAGAAGACGACGAUGAGGCAAAGUACAUCUUCACAUACCUCGUCGAGCUCCUCCAAGCGCAAGAUCCACGCGAGACUGCGCCUGAGAGACCGGUGAAGAUUGUGCGGGCGUUUGUUUGUGCAGGUGAUUGACACCCCCACGGCCGCCGCCGACGAGCCCCACUGCCAGGGCAUGUACACAGCCUCAUGAACAUGCAGGAUUCGCCUGCCCACGGGGUGUUGGGGCAGUUGAUGCAGGACCCCGGAGGUGCACGCCCGUGUGCAGCGCGCUGUUGAGGCGCUUGGCUCGUUCGCGUAGUCGCCAUGUUGUGAUGUGUCGUGUCAACUUGUGCACCAGUUGAACGAAUGGCUGAAUGUCUGUCGAUUCGCAUUCCUCUUGUUUCCCUUUCUUGCUCUCUUCCCUUCUCUCUUCUCUUCUUCUGUUCUGUUCUUCCCUUCCUUCACUCUCCCUCUCGCCUGCCUGCUUGCUUGCUUAUGUCACGCCCUUCUUGUGCUUGCUUGUCCUUUUCAUUGUACGGCGCUGUAUUGUACGGCUGAACACGUUCUUGGUGUGUUUGGUGGAUGUGCUGCUGCUGCUGCUGUGUGUGGUUUGAUUCUGGCUUGCGACUGGAGGGUGCUGUUUUGAUGUGCAUAGGGGUUGCUGUUGUUUGGUUGGCUUGGCUUCAUGGGCACUGCUGUGUGUGUGGAUGUGUGUUGGGAGCGUUGUUUGUGGGUUGUGUGGCGGACCUGUUCUUUCCUCAGUAAAUGGCUCGA